AUGGCAUCACUCGGUCGGAUUCUGUUGGCUUCUCUUCUUCUCCUUUUCCUGGCAGAAACCGCUUACGGAGGCAUUCUACUAUCCUCUCUGCCCAACACUCUUGAUGUCUUUGUUGCGGCUCAGAAACCAGGCCAGGCCGGAGAAGAUAAACUCGGCGCUGUAUGGUCUCUGAACAAUCGGAGUUUCCCAGUUGGGACAGACGCGGCGUAUAAGACGGUCAACCUGAAGCUGUGCUACGCGCCGUACUACGAGUCGACUUUGGACCGCCACGUGCCGAUCGCAUCAUACUUCGUACGCGCCUACGUGAACGACUCCGCCGGCGUUCUGGUGGCUUAUGGUCAAAGCACGGGACCGAAAAAAGACUACAACAUACUUGAGGUCGAGGCAAGCAGCGGAAGCCGCAAGACGAUCGAUAUUUGCUUCGGUGCUUUCUCCGUUUUGUUCUUGGUUGCGUUCUUUGUUGUAUAG